AUGGCUUUGCCAGUUUUUGUAGUUCUAGAUGAGCAGCCAUUUAGUGUAGUAGAGGGUGAAGGAUUUAAUUUUCAUUCCAAAGUAAUGCAACCCCAAUUUACCAUCCCAUCUAGGCGUACAGUAGCUAGGGACUGUUUUCAGCUACACUUGGAUGAAGAACAAAAGUUAAAGGCUUUUUUUAAGUCUGACUGCAAUAGGUUAGUACUUACUAUUGAUUGUUGGACUUCUAUACAAAAUCUCAACUACUUGACCCUUACUACACACUUUGUGGAUAACGAAUGGAAGUAUCAAAAGAUAAUUAUAAGCUUUGUCGUAAUUCUAAACCACAAGGGUGAAACUGUAGGUAGGAAGAUUGAAGAAGUGUUAAAGGAUUGGGGAAUUAGGAAUGUGUCAACCAUAAAUGUUGAUAAUGCCACUUCAAAUGAUGUUGCUGUGACAUAUCUAAAGAGAAAAAUAGCAAAUAUGAAUGGGUUAGUGGGGGAUGGAGAGUGUUUUCAUAUGAGGUGUUCAGCUCAUAUUUUGAACUUGGUGGUAAAUGAGGGUUGGAAAGAUAAACAUUUAUCUGUAAUUAGUGUUAGGGAUGUUGUUAGAUUUGUUAAGUCCUCACCUCAUAGGGCAGCCAAGUUUAAAGAAUGCAUUGAAUUUGCUGGAAUAACUUGCACAAAAAUAGUAUGUCUUGAUGUUUCAACUCGUUGGAAUGUGACAUAUUUAAUGCUAGAGGCUGUGGAGAAGUUUCAGCUCGCUUUUGAAAAGCUUGAGGAUGAAGAGUCGAGCUAUAGGGAGUUCUUUAUAAAAGGUAAUCCCCCUAGUAAUGAUGAUUGGGACAUUGCUAGGGAUUUUAGCGCUUUUCUAAAGUUAUUUUAUGAAGCAACUAAGAUUUUUUCCACCUCUCAAAAUGUGAGUUUGCAUACUUGUUUUCACCAAGUGUCUGCCAUUUAUUGUGAGUUGAAGCAAGCUACUUCGAAAUUAAAUGAUUUUUUUGCAAGUUUGGGUGGGGAUAUGAUGGAAAAGUAUAAUAGAUAUUGGGGGAGUGCUGAUAAGAUGAACAAUAUGAUAUAUUUUGGUAUUAUUCUUGAUCCAAUAUACAAGUUAAGUUACAUUGAGUGGACGUUUAAGGACAUGUAUGGAGUUGGAUCAAAGUUUGGUAGUGAGUUGGUAAAAUCUAUAAAAAAGAAUUUACAAAAGUUAUAUGAUUGGUAUAAGCAAGCUUAUGACCAAGAACAUAAUUCCACACAACCUCUUGGUAGUGGUGGAAACAAUGUCUCCAAUGAUAAAACAACUGCAUCUACUACCCGUUCAUCACUUAUGGCUAUAGUCGAUGCUUUUGAGCAAUAUUUAGAGGAACAAGACUCGGUUGAUCAACAAAAUGAGCUUGAGGUGUAUAAUUCUAGUAAGUGUAUCAAAAGGGAUCCUAACUUUGACACUCUUGUGUAG